CACUUGACUUCGGAACCAUGUCUGAAUGCAAAGUGUAAGUGAAGUGUCCUAGAGACCUACAUUUAUCCUCUCUCCACUUUUUUAAAUAUUACGUAACGAAGAAUAUUUUAGUGAAAAUUUUGCGUCGGAGACAUUUUUGAGAGCUUCCUGAAGCUCAAGAACAAGAGAACGUUGUUCAACAUAGUGCAGUUACUGGUCAAAACAUGCAUGAGGAGACUGCUACUAGGCCUAUGAGCGUUCCGAGCUCCGUUGCCGCUACGACUACACAGUCCACAGCUACGGACCACAAUUCAGCCGAGCUACAAGUGUCAUAUUCUUCAAGCUCUGCAGAUUCCUGUCUCUUGACGGGAGCUAUCGACUAUGCAGGUGGCUCUGUGUCCUCGGAUGAUUGUAAAGCUGAUGUGGAUGAGGACCCAUUAAAAUUCAACUCCGCCGAUAGGAAGAUUCUGCAUGCGAUAUCCGGACGGGGCCGGUUCUUCGUCAUGGAUGGCGAAUCUUCGUCUGCGGCGGAGGUCACAUCAGGCUUACUGCAAGACCUCACGCCAGCCUGCGUGAGCGAAAACGCGUGCCUUUCGGCUUCCUCUAGUAACACGGUGUUGGCUCUCCUGCCAACCCACAACAGAGGAUGUUGAGGAAACCGCUGACGAAACCAACGAACUUGCUGAGGCUGAC